AUGGCCAAAGCUACUUCUACACAAAAGCGUUCCACUCUUGCUGAUGUAGUCACCCGUGAAUACACCAUUCACUUGCACAAGCACGUCUUUGGCCGCUCUUUGAGAAAGCGUGCUCCUGCUGCCGUCAAGGCUGUCAAGGACUUCGCUGAAAAGGCCAUGGGUACUAAGGAUGUCCGUCUUGAUCCUUCUUUGAACAAGGCCGUUUGGUCUCGUGGUGUUAAGCACGUUAACCACCGUAUUCGUGUUCGUAUCUCUCGUAAGCGUAACGAUGAUGAAGAAGCCAAGGAAAAGCUCUACUCUUAUGUUACCUACGUUCCCGUUACUGACUUCAAGGGUCUUCAAACUGAAGUUGUCGAAGAUGAGAACUAA